UCGGCGCAAAGCGAUAGAUAUCAUAUGCUAGGACUACAUACUCAAUGUGCAAUGACAUCUCCAAAGGAGCUGGAUUAUACGCCCGUUACAUGAUCCCGAGCGUUGUCGCAUACGGUCAGCUUCAAUGCCUAGUGAAAUUCUUACAAACUCAAAACAUUGUCUUCCCUAUGGUACUAAGUUCUGGUAUAGCAGCUUUAAUCCACAUCUUAUUAUGCUGGAUAUUGGUGUUCGAAUUCGAACUGCGAAUUAGAGGAACCGCUCUGGCGAAUUCGAUCUCGUAUUGGAUUAAUGUAUGUCUGAUAGCACUCUAUGUUAAGAUCUCUUCUUGUUGCUCAGAAACAUGGACAGAUUUUACAGUUGAUGCCUUGCAUAAUGUGCUUGAUUUCCUUAGGAUUUCAGUUCCUUCAGCUCUUAUGCUGUGCUUGAAAGUUUGGACAUUUGAAAUGAUGGUUAUCUUGUCUGGUCUUCUGCCUAACCCCAAGCUGGAAACUUCAGUACUUUCUAUCUGCCUUAAUAUAUUUGGAUUGUUCUGGAUGAUUUCUUUUGGACUUAGUGCUGCUGUAAGUAUUCGGGUGUCGAACGAGUUGGGGGCUGGACGUCCACGAGCAGCACGUAUGGCAGCGUAUGUUGCAUUAGUCAUGGUGGUUGUAGAAGGUGUUCUGGUAGGAGUUCUUAUGAUUCUGCUUCGCAAUGUCUGGGGUCGAGUUUAUAGUGAAGAAGAAGAAGUUGUGAGAUGCCUUGCGACUAUGAUGCCGGCUGUAGCGGUUUCCAGCUUCUUUGACGGUGUUCAGAGCGUUCUUUCAGGAAUUGCUAGAGGAUGUGGUUGGCAGAAAAUGGGCGCAUAUAUCAAUCUGGCUUCCUUUGACCUAGUGGGA